AUGUCAACAUCGCAGUUGCUUCCCCAGGAAGGUACUCGACUAGUCGCAAAGAUAUACGACCCACUCUACUUCAAUGAUGACGAAGGGUAUCUCAACCCGUUCCUCUGCAUGGACAAGUACUACACCCACGAGGCCAACGCGUAUUCAUUUUCAGAAUGGAUUGACUGGGACUGGGAUUCCUGGCUUGAAGCAGAGUUUACCCACACCGUUUCAAGCAUCACGCCGGAGCUCUUAAGAGAGAGCUGGUUGAUGGCUGUGUAG